CGAUCUUCAGUGUGCGUUCGGCGCGCGGGUGCGUGGUCAUUAAACUUGUGGAUUCUUUCGAUAACACUACAAAAUCGUUCGCACAUAAAGUUUGUGAGUGAACAAUAACGAAUAAGAUUUUAUAUUCGAUUGUUUGCAAAUAAUUUUGAACAAUGGCCGCGUGUGUUUUGUUUUUAUUUCGCUUGUUCAAUCCUCGUGACGGUCGGUGACUUAAGUUAAUCCACGAAUUUAAUUUGGAAUUUAGCAACUAAUAGCUUCAAAAAGACGUAGUAAAAAAAACUAAGGAAAACAUUAUUUUGACGGAAUCAAGAUGGCCGACGAAGUUAUUUGUCACGAACACAGCUUAACGCCGUUUUUUAGACAGCUAUUGGCUGUAAGCGGAGUGGUGAUGUACAUGAUAGGGACCGGAGCGAACAUCGCGUAUCCCGGGGUCCUGUUGCAGCAGCUGCGGCAGCCAGAUUCAGCAGUCCAACUCACCCCGGACCACGAGUCUUGGGUUGCCUCAAUACUGGGCUUGGCGCUGAUCUCGGGUAUUAUCGUGGCGCCGUUCAGUCUGGAGCAUCUGGGCAGACGCAUCACCAACCAGCUCAGCACGCUGCCGGCUCUAGGCGGGUGGGCGUUGAUGAUCACGGCCAAGGGACCGGCAACCAUCCUCAUUAGUCGUUCAUUGCAGGGAUUUGCGAUGGGUGUGCAAGCAGCUGCAUCACCGGUGUCUAUCGCUGAAUACUCCUCACCAAAAUACCGCGGCGCCUUCCUGGCCACAAUAGCAUUUGCAUUCGCCGCAGGAAUGCUAAUAGCACACAUCUUUGGCACCUUGCUGUACUGGCGAUCAGCGGCUUUAGCGUGCGGCAGCUUCUAUGCACUAUCCUUAGUUCUCGUUUCACUGACGCUGGAGACUCCGUCGUAUCUGGCUUCGAAAGGCCUGGCAAACGAAUGCAGGAGAUCGUUUCACUGGUUCCGGGGCUACGAUCAAGAUUCGGAGAAAGAGCUCGAAGUGCUUCUACAGAGUCAGAAGAAAACGGGACACACUUUGAUAACGGCCAAACAAUCUAAGCUGAAGACUUAUGCAGAGUUGAUUAAGAAACCGGAAUUUUACAAACCAACUCUGAUCAUGAUGUUCAUGUUUGUGCUGUUUCAAAUAUCUGGGAUGACUGUGAUACCUUCGUACACUGUGCCCAUUAUGUGUGACGUAACAAGCGGCCUGAUCGAUGACAAUAUUGGCAUGUUAAUGGUCGACGUCGUGAGGUUUGGAACAGCAAUACUGGCCUGCAUUGUGGUCAACAGAUUCAAUAGACGAGCUGUCCUUUUCUUUGGGAUUGUCAUGACAGUUAUAUCGUUAUUGACAGCUGCUUUACUUUUGUACCUCCGAGAUUUUGGGUACCUCCCUGAUGAAUACAAAUGGACUCCAGUUAUCCCAACUCUAUUUUACAUUUUCGGCAAAACGUUGGGUAUUUUGCCCAUUCCUUGGGCCAUUGCCGGAGAGAUUUUCCCGUUGGCAUACCGUAGCCUCGGCAGUGGGAUUUCAGGGAUGUUUCUGUCUAUAAUGUUUUUUGUCGUGGUCAAAACGGCACCGGCGUCCUUUGGUACUAUUGGUAUCAAGGGGACGUUCUGUCUGUACGCUUUUUGGGUUGCGGUAUGCGGAAUCUUUUUAUACUUCAUCCUACCGGAGACUAAAGGGAAGACUCUUUACGAAAUCGAGAGGCAGUUUAAAGGUAUUGCGGAAGAGGUAGCAGACCCUCGCGAGAACGAGAGGAUGUUGGAACUGGGGAAAGUGGAAGGAGGUUGACACGCGACAGGAAAGAACAGGAUGUGCUCUCCAGCUUUGUCAGCUGGCCACGUACUUAGUUGAGGAACAGAUGAUAACUAGAUUCGUAUUAGAAUAAAUGCAAGUAUUAUUAUUUAUUGGGAACAAUAAAUUGACAAACAUAUAUUUCAAA